GCGUUAGUUUACUUUAGUUGGACAGAACAAAAGCUUGCAGCUUUUGCCACCCACAAAGUACCCUUGUGGCGUCGCGGCGAGUCAUACUUCACAGUAAUUGAAGAAAAUAAUACAAUUGUAUUAUGAGUCUAUUAAAUUAGCCUCCAUUUUUUUUUUACAUUAUUAGCUAUUUUUAUAUAGAUUCAACAGUGUCUUGUGGACUUUUCUACGUUCGUUCGCUCCGUCGACUUUGGCGAGUUGUGGGUCAUUUUUGGGGGCGCAGAAAGAAACUUGAAGGCAAAAGUUCAUCUCUUUGCCUGAAAUGAAAAUCUAGCAGACAAAAGCAACCGGACGCAACUGAGCGAGCCCGAGCCCAUCCCACCCGUCUUCCUUUCGCUCGUUUCGGUGGAGCAUGGCUGCCAUCCGGGCUUUGGAGCAGUGGUGCCGGUCCCAGUGUGACGGCUACCGGGACGUGAAUAUCACCAACAUGACCACGUCGUUCCGGAGCGGACUGGCCUUCUGCGCCCUCAUCCACAGGCACAGACCCGACCUCAUAGAUUACGACUCUCUCCGCAUUGAGGACGUGUUUGACAACAACAAGCUGGCUUUUCAGGUGGCCGAGGAGAAGCUGGGGAUCCCGGCCCUGUUGGACGCCGAGGACAUGGUGGCCUUAAGGAUCCCCGACAGACUCAGCAUUCUCACCUACGUGUCUCAGUACUACAACUACUUUAAAGCACGAGCGCCCAUAGGAGUGAAGCGGCCGGUGGAGGGUUCCAAGACGGCGCCGUCGGAGAAAAAGAUUCUCCCAGUGGCCGCCAUCAAGAAUCAGGCUCCUCCUACCGUCGCCGGCCGAUCCUCUCCUAAGUUGGAAAACACUUCGGCUCAGAAGCCGAAUCCCCACAAAACUGGAACGCUUAACAGCAAAUGUGUGGCUUGCAAGAGUCACGUUCAUCUGGUCCAAAGACACUUCGUGGAGGGCAAACUCUUUCACCGGAGCUGUUUCAUAUGCUGCGAGUGUUCCGGCACGCUCCACACGGGAGGCUACAAGCCGGGGAAAGAUCCGGACACUUUUGUUUGCCGCGUCCACCCUGAGAAGACUUCCAAACCCUCCCGUGAGGUUUGGCUCAAGCCCGCAUCUGGCUUGCUGGAUAGCGCCCUCCACAUCCAGCCCGCGGCGGCCUCAAAGACCGUCCGUCCCGUCGCCCCGACUCAAAGCUGGACCGUCUCGGCGCAGAAGACUCAAGCAGCCCGGCAGAGCUUUUUCCAAGCGGUGCUGCCGCCUUCUCCUCCGUGGAGGAAGUCCGCAGAGCCCCCGGGAAGGCCGGCGCUCCCGCAGUGGCCGCGCAUCCACGGGGUCCAAACUGGAAAGAUACUGGCAGAGGAAAACCGCAACAAUAACAACAAACGUCUGUUUACCAUUUGCUCGGCAGAGAGACGUUUUGGAGGAGAGUCCGGUCCAGCUGAAAACUCCACCACGCCGUGCCGCAAAAGUUCCGCAAGGAACUGUCUCACCGGCAGUGGAGAAUUUUCACGUCCGGAGGCUAUCAAAUAUCCAUCUUAUGAGAGGCAAUCAAAACCUAAACCUGUGGAAACCAAAGCAGAGCUGCCGAGAAAAGACGCCGAACCCUCCGGCCAAGAACUUCGCUGUGACUUCAAGUCCACAUCUUUCUCCAGCGGCUCCACCGCCCCGACCAGGGCUCCCUCGAUUCCAGUGACCGUACCGCCUCCUCGUCCUGGACAUCUGGCCGAUCCUCCCAAGAGGCGCUCGCCCGUCAAAUCCCCCGCAGGACGGCCAGCGGCGGAGGCCGAGAGCUCGCCGACCUCCGCGGCGGACAUCCCUUCAGGCGCUAAAAAGGGAAAGUAUUUGUCACCCACCAACGCCUCCGGCGCCGAAAUGAGGUCACCCUCCCGCACGCCUUAUCGCAUCCAGACGGAGCUCAUUGAGCGCGAGCUGGUCGCCAUCGAGACCAACCUGGCGCUGCUGGAGAGAGAAGGUGUGGAGCUCGAGAGGAAACUCCGCCGCUGCGAGGGAGAGGGGGAGGGCGACCUGCUGAUGGACCCGCUGAUGGUCGACUGGUUCAAGCUCAUCCGAAAGAAGCAAAUGUUCAUCAGGAAGGAGUCCGAACUUGUCUACACAGCGAGGACUCACGAGCUGGAGCGGCAGCAGCCCUGCGUGGAGCAGGAACUACGCAGGCUGCUGGACAAGCCCGAUGGCGCCAAGUCGGCCGAGGAGCUGGCGCGAGAGAAAACGCUGAUGCGGAAUCUGAUGGCGAUCGUGGACGGAAGGAACGCCAUCGUGGAGGUCCUGGAUGAGGACCGCCUAAGAGAAUUAGCGGAGGAUGAGGCGCUUAACACGAUGAUGAAAAAUUUGGGAACAAAGAGAGGCAAACCUAAAAGGAAGUCCUCCGUCUCAAAACUGUUCGGUCGAAGAAGUAAGCGGCGGGUGGAAUAAAAGUACAAUUGUCGGACAAAAAAAAACAUCGCUUUUAGUCUUACAACUUUCAAACAUCUUGAGGCUCUCAUGUGUGUAAAGCAGGGUCCACUCACAAACAUUUUAGAACAUCUUAACCGACAGAGUUCGGUUGAGAUUUAUGAUCGUAAAUAUUGAACAGGUUUAUUAUUUACGAUCGUCAACGCGACUGUUUUCCACGCCAGCUGUGGAGGUAGCAUUCUUCACCCCCCUCCUAUCCCCACACUCUUAAGAGAAUCCCUUAGGAUAAUAAUUUGAUAAUUUGCUUAUUCGUCCUUUGAUCGUAAGGGUAGAGAAAAAAUGCCCAAAUUAUCAAUGAUUUUCAACGUGUGUGCACCCUACUUUUGCAAGAUUACCUACCGCUAAAGUGCAACAUAAAGACUUGUGUGACAAAAUCUGGCCUUGGCUGAGGUCUGGACUUCCUUGGUACGCUUGUCUUUCUAUUCUUUUUGACUGCUGUGUAAAAGAUGUCCGAUUUUGGACGCUAAAUUGUUA